AUGUUGUAUGACAUGGUUAUUGUGAUUUUAGUUCUUGUGCUUGGCUUUUUACUUUCUCAGAGAAAGAGAGAGCAAUUGAAGCAGAAGGCCUUGCUUCUGGAACCAUUUAGGAGUUACUUUGAAGAGAGCAGCGAGGAAUACUUGUCUAUCCAUCAAUAUGUACUGAAACUCUCCGGGAGUCAAAGCCUAAAAUAUUUAUGUGGAAUAAUUACUCUUAGAAGAGACUUCUGCCCAAGCUAUCUCCUUGGACCUGUGCCGAAGGAGAACUUCAUUCUGACAGGGAAGUUGAAUAUUAGGACACCGUGCAUGUAUGUAUUCAAAAAGAACCUGCCGCUGAAACAUUAUGGGCUGAAGUAUACUAAGAAAUGUUUGCUUGCAAAUAUACCUGGAUACAAAGCAUAUGGAUCUCUUGGAGAAAAGCAUAUUGAGUUCAUCAAGAAGUACCAAGUGUCAACCUUCUUUAUAAGCUAUGCCCCCAAAGAUAUUGAGGAGCCGCUAGAUUUCGAGAGCUUGGUUUUUCUGAAGGCAGGCCUGCCUCUUCUUAGCAAUGCAGAGUUUGCCCGUGAUUUCUUAGCCCUUUUCGAUUCUAUCAGUCCGGAGUCAAGCAAAAAAGUCCUUGAGAUGGAGCAGGGAUACAAAAGAGAUAUAGAAGCAUUGAAGGCAAGAGAAAACAUGAGCAUCGGGGAAAAGAUAACCUCUCACAUAAGAGAGAAAAGCAAGAUCAAGAGGAAAUAA